AUGGACAACACAAUUCAAGUUGGUGAUGAGAUUAUCCUUAAAGUGAAUAAUGAGAUACAAAAGAGAAUAGAUGAAUUUAGUGAAGAUCUAGAGAUUGAAAAGAUUCAGAGCAAAUUUGAAGUCAAACGUGUGACUAAGAAAAGAAAAAUGGUAAAUUAUGAAAGCAACAAUGAACCAAUUGUAGAAGAAAAAAAAUUUACCAUAGAAAUUUACAACAGAGUGUUAGACACUAUUAUUGAAAGCAUGAAUAAACGGUUUUCAAAUAAUAAUGAUUUGUUGAUUGACCUAUCUUUAUAA